GGAGUACGCUUUGCUCCCCCAAUACGAGUCGCAACACGACUCACCUCGACUGAAAAGGCAUAUAAGGUCAACGAAGCCAGGUUAGUGAUGACAUGACAGAAACCACAAACCCAAAGCUUUCACCCAAGCAGCUUUUAUAUCCUUCCAGUUCACAAUCGCAUCCUUUCAAUAUGGUUCAAUUAUCAACGGAUGCUAUCAUUACCCUCGUCAGCACAAUUCCCGGAUUGAUUGUUUCUUGUCUAAGUGCUUGGUUCGCCUACCUAGCACUACAUCGAAGACCCAUCCCCCCGAGCGAUAUCGAAACAGCCGCGAUGCUUUUCAUGAUUCCAAGGGCAUUUUCAAUUCCUCCGAGUGCAUUGUCCCACACAGAUUCAGAGAGGACAUUGACGAGUGGUGAUGUCCUCCAACUACCACCAGCAACAAGUCAACACUGCCUUGAACCGAGCCAAUUUCGAGUAUUGGAACAUGCUGAGCGUGUACCAUAAUACUUUGAACAAAAAUGUGAUACAAUUUGAUAAUGCGCUGCUUUUCAACGCUUCAAUAUGGGCCGCGGUGCCUACGACACAACUGGUGUCCCUAAGCCACUGCCCCCCCCA